UGUCCUGGUCCUGGUCCUGGUCCUGUGUCCCUCAGUGUCUCUGAGAUGCGGGUCCCGGCUACGGGACUCUGCGGGUCCUCUGUGUUUGUCUGCGUGUCUCUGCUGGUCUUUGUGGUCCCCUCUCUGACCGCCUGGGACGCGGAUUUGGAGCUGCUGGACCUGGUGGAGGAGAUCCCCCAGACCUUCUACCAGUUCCUGAACCUGGACCAGGAUGCGUCUGCAGCAGAGAUAAAGAAAGCAUACCGUCGGCUAUCCCUGAUUUUGCAUCCUGACAAGAACAAAAACGAAAAUGCUGAAACUCAGUUCAGACAGCUGGUGGCCAUUUAUGAAGUUCUGAAGGACGAGGAGCGACGGCACAGGUAUGAUGACAUCCUGGAGAAUGGGCUUCCUGAUUGGCGGCAGCCAGUCUUUUACUACAGACGAGUGAGGAAGAUGAGCAAUGCUGAGCUUGGCUUCCUUCUCUUCCUCAUCCUCACUGUAGGACACUAUGCUGUCAUCUGGUCUAUCUACUUGGAAAAGCAGCUGGACGAGUUGCUGAGUAAGAAGAAAAAAGAGAAGAAGAAGAAGUUGAGCUCCAGACCUGCAGAGGAACUCAAGUGGACUGGUUCUGACAGGAACCAGGAACGACCUCACUGGCAAGACAUCCUUCCUCUGAAGCUCAGCAUCUGGCUUUACUUGUCCAUCAAAAGCCUGCCUCAGACACUCCAGGAGGUGAAGCAGUAUUAUGAGGACUACCAACAGAUUAAGCAGCAGCAGAAAGAUGAGGCGGAAGCUGAACAUGAAGCUGCUACCAGAGAGAAAAGACCAAAGGUCAAGAAACCCAAACAGGACUUUCCAGUUUACCAAGCCUCUUCAGAAACUCAGAACUACCAGAAGUAUGAGACGACCACGUCUAUUGAAGACAUUGAAGACCAGAUGGAUGAUUGGCUGCAAGAUCGCAAAGCUGCCAAGAGGAAGGCUACUGACUGGACGGAGGACGAUCUAAGUGUCCUGAGCAGGUUGAUGGUUAAAUUCCCUGGAGGGUCUCCAGGUCGGUGGGAGAAGAUUGCUCAUGAAAUGGGGCGCUCAGUUUCUGAUGUGACAACUAAAGUCAAACAGGUGAAGGACAGCGUUAGCCAGACCUCAGGUCUUGUGAAGCUCUCGGACUUAAAGGGCCAGCUUCUUCCUGUGAGGUCACUUCCUGUGGAUGACAGCAUAUUGAUGUCAGGUGUGAGAGGGGAUCAUGAAGAGGAAGAGGAGGAGGAGGAAGUCACUCCUGCGGUCCGAAGGAGGAACAGGAAGUCUUCUGCAACAGAUGGUGGGGACGAGAAAGUCAGAGGGCGUCGGCAAAGAGAUUUUGAUCCAACUGCAGUGGAUGAAGAGGAGGCGGAGCCACAGGAGACCAAAGACAAACCGGUCCUUGCAGUGUGGACUCAGAACCAGCAGAAACUGCUGGAACUGGCUCUGCAGCAGUUUCCCAGAGGAACUGCAGAACGAUGGGACCGAAUUGCCAAGGUGGUUCCAGGAAAGACCAAGGAGGAAUGUAUGAUCCGUUACAAGAUGUUGGCUGAACUCAUUCAAAAGAAGAAGCAGGUGAAGAGUUGAUGACCUCCAACCUUUGACCUCCUGACAGGUGAAUGAUCAGGUGACGUCAGGGAUUCCUACUGUGUCACCUGCUCAGGUCACCUGACUUCAUGUGCCUUAGCUCAGUUCAGCAUGCAGCCAAUCAGUGUUUUCACUGAUCAUUAAACAAUAUUUAUUUUGUUUCAGUUUGUGUUUGUUUACAGACUGAAUGAAAGUAUAAGAAGUUAUUUGUUUGUUUCAAAAUAAAUAUCAGUUCAGAUGGAGAUCAGGUGAUUAAUUAAAGAAAUCAUUAUUCUGUAUUACUGAUCUGGUCCUAAUCCAUAGUUAUUGUUUUUAUUGUCUGAUUCUUAAAAAUAAAAUCCAGCUUUGGUUCUGGUU